AUGGAAGAAAAGGAAGCUUAUCUCCCUGAUGACCUUGAAGAUACCAUUGAAUGCCAUUUUGCUCACACACCUGUUUCCCGAGCUGAAGCUGCAAGGGCUGUUGAGAUGUUUCAUGGUUUUGCAGUGCAGCUUGAAAACAUGGAAGACACGUUUGGCUGGAUUGAUGAUAUGCAUAUUGGAGUGAGUAACCUUGCAUUCCGACAUCUGAUUGAGUUUACUUAUACUGCCAAGCUGAUGUUACUGCAGGAGGAAGAGGCAAGUGAUGUAUGGAAAGCAGCAGAAUACUUGCAGAUGGAAGAGGCUAUGAAAGCACUCAACAACCGAGACAAUGCAGACUCACCGGCAAAAGCAAAGACAUCUGGCAAGAGGAAAGCCAAGAAGCGGACAAUAGCAGAAACCUCGAACGUCAUUACGGAAACCCUGCCAUCCAUCCAAGAAACAGACACUGUAGAAAUUGACCAGGAGAAUGUCUUUGCUGCGGAGAUUGUGGAGAUCAACGCGGAAGAGAUGGGAGAGGAGUCUGGGACUACUGUAAUGGAAGCAGUGGAGAACCUGCCGACGGCAGAUGACUCGAUGCAGCCAUCUGGUGAUGCGGCGGGAUCAGAACAACCGGCCGAAUCGGCACUUGCUUUGCUUGCCGAUAUCACCAGCAAAUACCAACAGGAUGAGCUGGACAAGGAGCUGGAAAAGGAAGGGGAACGAGAGUCUGCAGGCCAGUCCCAGGAGGAGUCAGAAACGUCCAUUGUAACAGAGGAUGGGAUCCACAUUGUGGAAGUGCUGGCGCAGGGUGACAAACUGUUCUGUUGUGAGAAAUGCAGCCGCUCCUUCAGACUCUUUUACCACUUCAAGGAGCACCUAAAGGUGCACUCGGGAGAGAACUAUGUAUGUCACCUUUGCAGCAAACAAUACACACGGGAGAGUGCCUGGAAGCAGCACCUGUCCUCCCACCGAGAAGAGGAAGGUGGGAACAAGAAGCCACGGUGUGUCCGCAAAGUGCAUGUGUGUCAGUACUGUGAGAAACAGUUUGACCACUUUGGACAUUUUAAAGAACACCUUCGAAAGCAUACGGGUGAGAAGCCCUUUGAGUGUCCAAACUGUCACGAGCGAUUUGCCAGGAAUAGCACACUGAAAUGUCACUUAGUGGCCUGCCGAACGGGUACGGGUGCAAAGAAAGGAAGGAAGAAGAUGUACGAGUGUCAGGUUUGCUCCAGCGUCUUCCCCAGCUGGGACCAGUUUAAGAAUCAUCUGGCAGUGCACACAGGCGAGAAACCCAAUCACUGCACCAUUUGUGAUAUGUGGUUCAUGCGGGCCAGCGAACUGCGGCAACAUGUCAAGGACGUCCAUGGAGCUGCUGAGCAGGAAGUGGGUGAGGUGACGGAGAUUGUCGUGCCCGUGGAGGUCAUUGACACUGAGGCGAUGGAGGGGGAGACUAUCAUUGAGCAGGUGACGGUGUAGGAGAUGGCCAUGAGAGUGGGGGAGGAUGGGUUUGACACCCAGAUCAAAUUCUUCCACUCUCAACCAACCAGGCUGAGUGUGAGUGAGUGUGAGGAGAAGUUGCUGACCUGCAGUGGGGUUAUCAACGGGGCAAAUCAAAGGCACUGAUAUCAGCUAUGAUGACAACUAGCAGUACCUGUGCCAGCAUAGGAGAUGUUCAGAGGCUGCAUUUCCACCACUGUCGGACUACAAGUGACGGCCAAAUUCCUUUUGCUGCCUGACUGGAAAGAACUGCAGUGCAAGACUACACAAAUUAAAUCUUCUUGCCUGAACUCGUUUGGACUUCCAUUGCUGCUGAGGUAUUUAUGUUGCCAUCAUUUAGUCCAGGGAUGUGAAGUUUCUCGGUUAUCAGGAACCAUGGUAAUUGAUCAACUUGCAUCCACUGGCUGAAAAUCCCAGCCCACCACGUUUUGACUCCUAGCAAAGCAAUAUGGAUGCACCACAGGUUGUACAUGUGGCACUUUUGGUGGAAGCACCCUGUUGCAGUCACAGACACAUAUAUACUGGGAGUCUUUGUCAAUGUUAACUUCAAUAGCCUGUGCUUUGUACAUAGCUGGGGUUGCAGCCUGUCUGGUGUGCCGGAAGUGCUGGAAUGUUUUUGAAUGGAUUAUUGGUGCAAAGGGGAGAGGACCCUACUCGUGCUGGGGUCGUUCCAGUCAUCCAGCUCACUUCUGUAAACAUUCACAAUGAACGCACAACAAUUAAAUCCAUUUACAGGCCUGUCAAUAAAAAACAGUGGCUGGUUCAGUAGA